UUGAACUCGAGUUGGAAGAGGCGAGUCCGGUCUCAAAAUGGAGGUAAAACCGCCGCCCGGUCGCCCCCAGCCCGACUCCGGCCGUCGCCGCCGCCGCCGGGGGGAGGAGGGCCAUGAUCCAAAGGAACCAGAGCAGUUGAGAAAACUGUUUAUUGGUGGUCUGAGCUUUGAAACUACAGAUGAUAGUUUAAGAGAACAUUUUGAGAAAUGGGGCACCCUUACAGAUUGUGUGGUAAUGAGAGACCCCCAAACAAAACGUUCCAGGGGCUUUGGUUUUGUGACUUACUCUUGUGUUGAAGAGGUGGAUGCAGCAAUGUGUGCUCGACCACACAAGGUUGAUGGGCGUGUAGUAGAACCAAAGAGAGCUGUUUCUAGAGAGGAUUCUGUAAAGCCUGGUGCCCAUCUAACAGUGAAGAAAAUUUUUGUGGGUGGUAUUAAAGAAGAUACAGAAGAAUAUAAUUUGAGAGACUACUUUGAAAAGUAUGGCAAGAUUGAAACCAUAGAAGUUAUGGAAGACAGGCAGAGUGGAAAAAAGAGAGGAUUUGCUUUUGUAACUUUUGAUGAUCAUGAUACAGUUGAUAAAAUUGUUGUUCAGAAAUACCACACUAUUAAUGGGCAUAAUUGUGAAGUGAAAAAGGCCCUUUCUAAACAAGAAAUGCAGUCGGCUGGAUCGCAAAGAGGUCGUGGAGGUGGAUCUGGCAACUUUAUGGGUCGUGGAGGAAACUUUGGAGGUGGUGGAGGUAACUUUGGCCGUGGUGGAAACUUUGGUGGAAGAGGAGGCUAUGGUGGAGGUGGUGGCAGCAGAGGUAGUUAUGGAGGAGGUGAUGGUGGAUAUAAUGGUUUUGGAGGUGAUGGUGGCAACUAUGGCGGUGGUCCUGGUUAUAGUAGUAGAGGAGGCUAUGGUGGUGGUGGACCAGGAUAUGGAAACCAGGGUGGUGGUGGAGGAUAUGGUGGCGGUGGUGGAGGAUAUGAUGGCUACAAUGAAGGAGGAAAUUUUGGCGGUGGUAACUAUGGUGGUGGGAACUAUAAUGAUUUUGGAAAUUAUAGUGGACAACAGCAAUCAAAUUAUGGACCCAUGAAGGGGGGCAGUUUUGGUGGAAGAAGCUCGGGCAGUCCCUAUGGUGGUGGUUAUGGAUCUGGUGGUGGAAGUGGUGGAUAUGGUAGCAGAAGGUUCUAAAAACUCAACAGAAAAGGGUUGAAUGAGAACCCUACUUGCCUAAAAGAGGAAUGUCUUUCCUACCAUCUUAAAUACGAAGGUUUCUGGCUGGGUAAGGUUUGUAGCUCACAGUAAAACCUGAUGACACCAUUUGUUUCCCUACAAAUUUAUAUUACAUAUUUUAAAACUAUUAGGUACAUUGGCAAAAUUGUUCAGCUGAAAACUAUCCUGGAACCACAUUCAACACAUUUUUAAGCAAUUUUUAAAACUUCCCUGCAAUAACCAUGAGUGUUCAUCUCGAGUCAGAUGUAGCCCCAUGUAUACAAUUCAUUGUUGGUGUCUUUAGGGUAAAGUUGAUUUUUCAUAAGAGUAAGAGUAACCUAAAAUUUUGUGGAGAGUUUUUGUAAUAAGCAUGACUUAUAAUAAAAGCAUUAAGCUGCCAAUCCUCAUUCUAGGAAAAACACCUUAGAGUGAACUUUCAAAACUGUCAGAUGAUACAGAUAUAAAACAUGGUCUUCAUUCAAAUGGCCUCAUAUAUAAGUUCUCUUGCAUAUAAAUUUAGGGAAUUAUUUGGACUAAUAGGUUAAAUUUUUGAUUCUUUAGGUUUUUUGUGUACAACCUGUUAACCAAGAAGCAGUAGGGGCCUAAUUAAUGCUAAUACUCCUUUUUAAAAGACAACUUUUCCCAAAGAAUACUUAAAAUAUUGCUCAAUUACUGUUGAAAUCAGUUGCUGAUUGUUCAUAAGGGCUAUUAUUGCUGCCCCUGAAGGGCUUGUCAAAAAUUGAGAAUUGAUGUCUAUUCACUUUUUAAAAAAACACUUUUGGGGGACAGAUGCUUAAAACUAAAAUUUAUAAAUAAAUCAAGUUCCCAAAUAGACAGGAGUAGUUAGUUUGCCAGAGCUUAUUGUCAGAAAAUGACUGGUUGGCUCUCUGUUUCUGUGUCUAAAUCAGGGUUGAAUUUCUAUACAUCACCAUAGAAUGAAG